GGGGGAAUAACAUCAACAAGCGGCAAGCGGCGCGGACGACUGCAGCAGACCGAAAUUAGGAUAUGAGUUUCUAUUUAAAUUCGCUUUCCUAACGCAUUGUCAAUGACGAAAGCUGGUAUAGAACUUCAUAUUGAAUCUCCAAAUUAUUGUUUGGAAGUCUCUACUGAACUUAACUUUGAUUCAAGAUGAUCAAAACAUCUCUGCAUUUACUUCGUCGUUUCGGUGCCUUUCACUCUUAUACUAAUAGACAUUUGAAUUCAUGUGGGAGUUUGAUUCUUCCAAGAAUUCGUAAUAAAGCAUCAGUUAAUUUUCAAACUGUACGAGAUUUCUGCAGUGACUGGGAUUUGGAUGUAGAAAGUGUACUCAAGGAUAACAGCUAUGAAGAAUUUUCAGAAAGAAUAUUUAGAUUAUCCCAGCAUGGUCACAAUGUUUUGGUUAUCCAACCUUUUAUCAAACAUCAGUCAAGCUGGGAAGAGGGCAAAUUAAAGAAUACUACUCCCGAAUUGCAGUUAGAAGAGGCUGAGGCACUCAUUGAUACAUUGUCUCAAUGGAAAGUAAGUGAUUCCAUGCUGCUUGGAGUGCCUAGUUUUAACAGAACAUAUUUUUUUGGUUCAGGGCAAGUGGCAAGAAUAAAAGAGAUCUUGAACAAGAAGAAGAGUAUUAGUGCUAUAUUUGUGAGCACUAACAUAUUAAGGGCAAGGCAGAUAAUAAACUUGGAACUAGAACUUAAUGUUCCAGUGUUUGACCGGUAUACUAUUGUCAUACAGAUAUUUAGACAACAUGCCAAUACUAAAGAAGCAAAACUUCAAGUUGCUAUGGCAGAGCUUCCAUAUCUGAGGCAAUGUGUGAAAGGUUUUCCUUUAGGUCUCUCUGACCGUCUUGCCUCAGGAAGUGUUAUUGGUGGAUUGGGAAGAGUGUUGCCCCAAAAAAGAAAAGACCUACUUAAGGACCGUGAACAAAAAUUAAAGAAGGCUAUAGCGUCAUUAAGGAAGCAUCGAGAGCGCUUGCGAAGCAGUCCUAAAAUUGGCUCUUAUCCAAUUGUUGCUGUAAUGGGUUAUACUAAUGCAGGGAAAACGUCACUUAUCAAAGCUUUAACUGGUAAAGAUUCUUUAAAACCAAGAAAUCAGCUGUUUGCCACUUUGGAUGUAACAAAACAUGAAGGACUACUCCCUUGUAAUUUGAGGGUACUUUAUGUUGACACAGUAGGUUUUAUAACCAACAUACCUACAGACUUAAUAGAGUCAUUCACUGCAACACUAGAGGAUGCUAUUCAUUCAGAUGUCCUUAUUCAUAUUUGGGAUGUCAGCAACCCUGAUUUUCUACAACAGCAACAGCAUGUAAUGGAUACCCUUAAACGGUUGGAGUUUGGAGGAAAUCUAGAAAAGAAGGUUUUUGUUGUUGCUAACAAGAUUGACCGUAUUGCCAAAGAUAAAUUAUUAGAAUUAAAAAUGCAGAUCCCUCAAAAUAACACGUUUUUUGUAUCUACCAAAACUGGAGAAGGAAUGGGUGAAAUGCUGGAUAAUUUGCAGAAAAAAAUUAUUGUGGCCACUGGCCGGACUCGCUUGAAGAUUAGAGUGAAAACUGGUGGAAGUGAAGAAGAGUGGAUCAGGAAAGAACUUCCUGUUGUGGGCAUGGAGCUAGAAAAUGAUUCCGAACAUACUGUUUUUUCUGUUAUUGUUACUAAAGCUCAAAUGGAUAUUUUUAAGCAUAAAUUCCUGAACUGAAAGUUUGUUUUCUUCUUUUUGUGUUGUCUCUGAACUUGUACUGUUUAAACAAUUCAAUUAAAAAAUUGUCUGGAUCAACAUACA